AUGGCGGGCACCGCGUUAAAGAGACUUAUGGCCGAAUACAAACAGCUGACACUCAACCCUCCUGAAGGAAUUGUCGCAGGUCCCGCCAAUGAGGAGAACUUUUUUGAGUGGGAGGCGUUGAUCAUGGGCCCGCAGGACACGUGUUUCGAAGGAGGCGUCUUUCCCGCCGUCCUUACCUUCCCCUCCGAUUAUCCUCUCAGCCCCCCCAAGAUGAGGUUCACCUGCGACAUGUUUCACCCCAACAUUUACCCAGAUGGCCGCGUGUGUAUCUCCAUCCUGCACGCGCCGGGAGACGACCCCAUGGGCUACGAGAGCAGCGCUGAGCGCUGGAGUCCGGUACAGAGCGUGGAGAAAAUCUUGCUCUCCGUUGUUAGCAUGCUAGCAGAACCAAACGACGAAAGCGGCGCCAACGUGGAUGCCUCCAAAAUGUGGCGGGAGGACCGAGAUCACUUUUACAAACUGGCUCAGAAGAUCGUGCGCAAGUCCCUGGGCCUUUAG